AUGGAGGUGGUAGAAGCUGUGGCCCGUGGCGGGGGGGCUGCAUGGGGGAGUGUCAAGGCCCAGGCACUGCCCUGCAGCCUCCCAAGUGUGCAGAAGGCCCCAGGAGGAGGCAGGACAGAUUGGCAGCUGUCAGGCUGCUGUGGAGUAGGGGGAGGAGGUGGCCAGUGUGGGAGAAGGGAGCUCCCCGAGUUUGUAUGGGGCCUGCAGCCCUGUCCCCUCCUUGCUCUCAGGUUACCACUCCCCCAGCAAGGCCUCAGCUUCCUCUUGCUGCUGGGAGAUUCCUGGGAUCCAAGGAGGGCACCUGCAGAAUCCUCACCCCAAGUCCCCACUCAAGGUCGGAAUGAGCUGAUUGCCCGCUACAUCAAGCUCCGGACGGGGAAGACCCGCACCAGGAAGCAGGUCUCCAGCCACAUCCAGGUGCUGGCUCGUCGAAAAGCCCGCGAGAUCCAGGCCAAGCUAAAGUUUUGGCAAGGAGCCUUGCCGGGCCAAGCCGGAACAUCCCAUGAUGUGAAACCGUUCUCUCAGCAAACCUACGCUGUCCAGCCUUCGCUGCCUCUGCCAGGGUUUGAGUCUCCUGCAGGACCCACCCCGUCGCCCUCAGCGCCCCCGGCACCCCCGUGGCAGGGCCGCAGUGUGGCCAGCUCCAAGCUCUGGAUGUUGGAGUUCUCUGCCUUCCUGGAACAGCAGCAGGACCCUGAUACGUACAACAAGCACCUGUUUGUGCACAUCGGUCAGUCCAGCCCAAGCUACAGUGACCCCUACCUCGAAGCCGUGGACAUCCGCCAGAUCUAUGACAAAUUCCCAGAGAAAAAGGGGGGACUCAAGGAGCUCUUUGAACGGGGACCUUCCAAUGCCUUUUUUCUUGUGAAAUUCUGGGUAAGCCCUUUGAUAAACUCUUCCUUCCAAUCCCUAGUAUACGUUGAUGAUAAUGAGAAAAGAAGAAGAGUGGGCAUCAGGUGCCCUUUCCACGAGUAGAAACCCAGGGAGGGC